UCCAACGGCCUUAUGGGUCCUGGUUACGGAAGCCGGGGAAGGCUGAGACCCGUGUCUACCUCAAGGAAUUAGCCGCGAAAUUCUGGGUAGCGGUAUAGAAGAGGCGUCUCAGGCCUAAUGGCGACUGUGGGCGCUAGCGGCAACGAUGGGAAGGGGCAAGGGCUGGAGACCCCCGUCACCUAUUUCCGUUUGGAGGAGGUAGCGCAGCGUAAUACCUCGAAGGAGACGUGGCUGGUGAUCCACGGGCGAGUUUACGAUAUCACCCGAUUCCUUAAUGAGCAUCCUGGCGGAGAAGAGGUUCUGCUGGAACAAGCUGGUGCAGAUGCAAGUGAAAGCUUUGAAGAUGUAGGCCACUCCUCUGAUGCUAGAGAAAUGCUAAAGCAGUACUACAUUGGUGACGUGCAUCCGAAUGACCUUAAACCUGAAAGUGGUAGCAAGGACCCUUCAAAAAAUAGCACCUGCAAAAGUUGCUGGACGUACUGGAUUUUCCCCAUUGUCGGCGCUGUCCUCCUAGGUUUCCUGUACCGUUACUACUACACGCCGGAGAGCAGAUCCUCCUGAGGAGGCCUUGCUGACGUCCGGAAAGUGUACCCAGUUGGGAUUGAAAACUAGAGACUUGAUUGGAGGCUGCAUCAUUGCCCUGUUCCCAAAUCCAGCCAGUUGUAUUCUUCCCCCUUGGAUCCCAGACGGUUAGCCACGUGUCCACCUCAGGCCUGGGAACAGUGUCCUCCCUUCUCAGAGCCUUACUUCCAAAGCACCUGCUCCCUGUUCUGUGUCCUUGCCCCUGUUUCCCGUCUUCACUGGUUUCCACGAGCACCUUUAUAUUACAAAGUUUUCGGUUAAUAGCUGCAAUCCUAGUGACACUGCACUUUGGUAAAAAUACACAUGAGACCUUAACGCAGCAGCACUCUCUGGUUUUGAAGAUUUUCUACUUUUCUUUUAAGUAAAUAUCAUUGUUUUAAAAUUCUGACUUAAUUUUACUUGCCAUAAGGGGUUUAAUUCGUGAAGUAAGUUGUACACCUGCAACUUAAAACACAACUGCCAAAUGAUCUUGUUCCUCGUUUAUAUUUGUUAAAACUAGAAAGAGCCAUGUAAUUGUCUCCUCCCUCCCCAGCUAGUGCAGCAGGUGGCUCUUGCCACCCCUUAGUCCACUAUGUGGUGCUGGAUAGAACUGUGCUUUCCUUUCAUUUCUCAGAACAGAGAGACGCAGGGAAGGGGAGCCGUGAACAGAGUGAUAAGGGAGAGUUCACAGCAGUCUUUCCUUGGAAAAAUAUCGAGAAACACUGCUAUAGCGCAGGAGCCUGGAAAAAGCACCAAAGAUUUUGUCCUUUACUUUGGUUUGGCACCCAUUUCUAGCCAUCUUUUUUUCUUAGUUUUCCUUUCCCUCAACCAUCUUUCCCAGUAAAAUACAAACUUGUAAUUAUGUCUGUAGAGCUUUACCAGGGAUUUUUGCUGCUUUUUUGCUUAUUGGUUAGCAAUUAUUUUAUUCCCUGUUUUAAUGAAAGUAAGAGACUCCAAAAUGAUCAAAGAUACAGUAUUUGAUCUUCUGUUUUUCCAGUAUGUACUUGAAAUGGGGGAUGGCAACAAGAGAAUGUUUUUCAUUUCAUCUGUUUUUUACCCCCAAGGUUCUAGGUUGUGGUUGUGUUGUUUUUCUCUUGAGAAUAAAAACCUUGUAGGUUUUUUUUUUUUUCUUGGAGGAGUGUUUCAUUGAAGAGUAGGUUACUACUUGGAAUUAUAUUACUGUUUCUUCUUGGUUCAGGAACUUCUUUGGCAUAUUUGCCUUCACUUUUUUUUCCCUGUGGAAGCACCCGAGGAGACAGUCCACUGACUGUUUUCUGCCCACCACGUGCUGAGGUGGUUUUUCUCCCUGUCCUCUGAGGGUUACCAGUCUGCCUUCAAGCCAUGGUCAUGUGCAGCAGGGAGCAGUGCGGCUCCAGAAGGACCACGGGCACUGCUUAGUCUCUCCUCCUGCUUUCUGCUCGCCAGGGACUGGAAAAGACAGGAAACUGCCCGGGACACCAGUGUCUGCCCAUGCAAACUA